UCAACAUAUUAUUUUAAAGGAAAAAGAAAAAGCUAAAGGAAAAGGAAAAGAAAAAGAAAAAGCAUUCGUAAAUUAUGUUUCCCCUGGACAUCGAAGGGCUAAAUCUUUACCAGUGGCCAAAAAAGAUUAUGCGGAUUAUAUUAAAACUAUGGAUGAAUCCAAUAAAAACAAGAAAACUAAGCCUAAAAGAUUUCAUUCACUUCAGAGAACGAUUUCUGUUAAAUAUAUGAAUGCUAAAGAUAAAGCUGUAAAGUAUUAUAAUAAGCUUAAUGCAAGCCUGAAGAAGAAUAAGUCAACUGGAGAGAAUAGUCAAGGGACUAGAUCGCUCGAGGAACAUAUUCCAGGAUUAAGAAGAACGAACUCUGAAAGUGCUAUUGAUACCUCUGCUCGCUUUAAAUGCUCACCGCUAUGUAUGCCGCUUGGAGAGAAUUUUUUUAGAAGAGGUGAUCGAACCAUUUAA